CACAGCAUCAUCCAUUGUUUCCUACCCAAAGCACAAAAACUUCGCACACCCACCCGCUAUGGACAGAUGCACUCAUGAAGUCCCCAUGGACUUUGAAUGGCAGACCAGCGGCCCCGCCGACGUCACCUCGCCCUUCUACCAAUUAACCCAGAAGCAACAGGGACUGAAGCGCAGCUUCGAAUCGCCCUCCAAACCCCCACCCCCCUCCUCACAAUCCGCCUUCUUCUCCGCCGCACCCUCCAACAUCGCCACCCCCUUCCGCAACCCAUCCUUCACCACCCCCCGCAAACCCUUCGACGUCGACCUCUUCUCCGAAGCCUCCGGCGCCGAAUCCUCCCCCGCCGACAACGCCGACACAGAAGACACCCCCGACCACCCCAGGCCCCCCGCACGCCCAUCGCCAUGCCCGCAUUCUCCUUCACCAAGCUCGACAAAAAACCCAUCUUCGGCCGCUACGGCCUCUCCGCCUUCGGCUCUCCCGGCCGCGACACCUCCCGCCGCGGCAAGCUCUCCGAUGCUGUCGCCCAGAAAGCGCGGAAGCGGCGCCGCCACGACCGCGACCCCGUCAUCCACUCCCGCCGCGGCAGCAUCGACAGCGGCUGCUCCUCCGAAUCCGCCUCGCGCCGGCACAGCCCACACCACCGCCCCUCCAGCAGCAACGGGCAAAACUGGUUCUCCUCCCUCCUCACCGGCAUCGAGUCCCGCCCCAACCUCCCCCACCUCCUCUCCUACUACGCGCAGCUCAUCCUCAACUCCUUCCUCGUCGCCGUCGCAAUGUACCUCAUCUACUCCUCCAUCCGCACCAUCCAAUCCGACGUCUCCAAGGAAGAAGCCCGCGCCAUCGACGAAGCCCACCACGAAAUUGCAGUCUGCACCUCCCACUGGACAACGAACAACUGCGCCCCGCACCUCCGCGUCCCCGCCGUUGCCGCUGCGUGUCGCGAGUGGGAGGUCUGCAUGCAAGCCGACCCUACGCAGGUUGGUCGCGCCAAGAUAUCCGCUCACACAUUCGCGCGCAUCGUGAACGAGUUCAUCGAGCCGAUUAGUUUGAAGACUAUGCUCUUCGUCGUCGCCACGUUUCUGGUGUUUGGAUACGUCAAUAAUACGGCGUUCGCGGCGUAUAGAAGUAAAAUCGAUAAUCAGCCUCAGCAGCAGCAGCAGCAAUUCUUUCAUCAGCCGCCGCCGCCGUCACCGUGGCCCAGUCAGCAGGCGGGAGAUUAUGGGUGGGGUGCUAUUGCGCCGCCGACGCCGAGACAUGCGUCCGGAGGGUAUGGGGAUGGGAAUGGAGGCCCCAUGUUCGCGGCGUUGAUGCCACCGCAGACGCCGCAGCGGAGCCCGAGGAAGGGGGGACGGUGAGGGGACGGGGUGGGUUACUGCUAGGCAGAGCUUGUUGUUGGCUGUAUUACUUAGGAGUUGGGAAAAGGGAUACGUGGGUUUGGUUUUUGG